ACGCAGGGCAUGGCGGUGUGAACCAGCUCGGCGGGGUGUUCGUGAACGGCAGACCCCUCCCGGACGUGGUGCGGCAGCGGAUCGUGGAGCUGGCCCACCAGGGCGUCCGGCCCUGCGACAUCUCCAGACAGCUACGGGUCAGUCACGGCUGUGUCAGCAAAAUCCUCGGCAGGUACUAUGAAACCGGCAGUAUUAAACCCGGAGUCAUCGGUGGCUCCAAACCAAAGGUCGCAACUCCGAAGGUGGUGGAUAAAAUAGCAGAUUACAAGCGCCAGAACCCGACCAUGUUCGCCUGGGAGAUCAGGGACCGGCUACUGGCUGAGGGCGUCUGCGACAACGACACGGUCCCCAGCGUCUCCUCCAUCAACAGGAUUAUCCGCACCAAAGUCCAGCAGCAAUUCCACCCGUCCCCCGACGGAUCUGUUACGCCGCUCUCCACGCCCGGCCACACCAUAGUGCCCAGCACAGCCUCCCCCCCUGUGUCCAGCGCCUCCAACGAUCCCGUAGGAUCCUACUCCAUCAACGGCAUUCUGGGUAUCCCCCGCUCCAACGGCGAGAAGAGGAAACGAGACGAAGUUCUCUGGAGUGGCAACCACAUGGAUGGAAGGAAAAUCGGACAUUAUGGCUCUGAUGGCUCAGGCCCCGGCAGCGACUCUCAGGGCAGCGUUGAGAGUUUAAGGAAGCAUCUGCGAGCGGACGCCUUCACCCAGCAGCAGCUGGAGGCCCUGGACCGUGUGUUUGAACGUCCAUCUUACCCUGAUGUCUUUCCCACUUCAGAACACAUCAAACCUGAGCAGGCAAAUGAGUACUCUCUCCCGUCCCUGAACGCUGGCCUGGAAGACGUGAAGCCAAGCCUCUCCACCAGCGCCAGCUCCGACCUCGCCUCCAGUGUGUCCCAGAGCUACUCUGUUGUGACAGACUCUCACCCAUCAUAUCCACCUUCCAUGUGUCUAAAGCGGGAGCCCCAUGAGGCAUCCUUUGCCCCGUUCACCCCCUCCUCUGUUGGGUACUCUGCUCUAGCUGACAUCUUGCCCCACCAGUCCAGCCUCUCUGUAGAUGUGUCUACUCCCAGCUACCCUGCCCAUGCCCAUGGGCCCUGCUACAGCCUGUAUGCCAGCCAGCCCUUUAUAGCAGGUCGAGACAUGGCCAGCACCACCUUACCUGGCUACCCGCCUCAUGUCCCCCCCACAGGACAAGGCAGCUACCCCACCUCCACACUUGCUGGAAUGGUUCCUGGAGGGGACUUUUCCGGGAACCCUUACUCUCAUCCACAGUACACCACUUACAAUGAAGCAUGGCGGUUCAGCAAUCCAGCAUUACUAAUGCCGCAUCUCGUGGCUCGGCACCUCCCACUGCUGCCAGUGCCUACGACCGCCACUAGUUACCACGGGGAGCAGCUCAAACUGCAGGGCCAGGGCUUCGGCCUCCAUAUUGUCCCCGUCUGAGAAACACUGCGGUCAAGGAAAAGCGAGGCGGAGUCCUAAAGGAAAACCCCCCCGUGAUGUUUUGUGAUGAGGAGAGAGGAUCAGCGAGGUCGAUGCCGGCGCAUCUCGCCCCAAGCUUCAGCGUUACACACUUUGGGCCAAAAAAAGGGGCCCGCGGGGGCGUUCAGAACUCACCCAUCACGCCCUCACUCUCUCACAGACCUGAAUAUUUCCAGAAUGACUUUAAGAGAUUAUAUAAAUAUAUAUAUUAUAAAAUAUAAAUUGAAGAAAAACAGUGUGAAGAAUACCAUGUGGAAAAAACAAUGUUGUGGGUUUUUAUUUUUUUGUUUCUUUGUUGCUGUUGUUGUUGUUAUUUUAUUCAUGGAUCCUCACAUUCCUUUACGUAAUGAACUGCAGUAUUUUUCUGCUCUAAAGAGAGAAGUCCAGGGGAGAUGACAAUGGUCCCAUAGCUUGACGAUGCAGCGACUUGAACCAGUGUUGUGGGGCCCCUCUGACACUUAAUGAGACCCUGGCUCCACAAUGUAGGGCAGGCUUUACUCUGGUGCUUUUGACGACAUCUUCUGCUCCCAUUUUCUCCACCUACAGUACGUUAUCAGAUAAACACAGCAUGUCCUACAACGUUUACUGACCCUGUACAGACCACUGGCAACAUCACGCUCCCUGUGGCACACAAUCAGAUGUAAAAAUGUAAAUCAUUUUUUCAAAGUAUUAAAACGGCGGUGACCAUGGACUAAAAAAAAACAAUGGUCUUGCGAGAAUUUUUCAAUACUUUGGAUUAUUUUGUCUGUCACUAUUUUUUAAUGUACAAAAAAGGUAUCAAAGAUUUUUCAGAGCAGUCGUUCUCAUUUCCCUCAUUUUGCAGUCAUGUCCAUGUCCACGCAUGAUUCGCUCUUUUUUUUGCACUAUAGCCUCAGCUUAUUGGAUUCCUUUGGAACAGUCACACACAUUUAAGUUGAAUUAGCUUUCCGUUUGAAAUAUUAAGGCACAACAGACAGUUUUUGUCUUUUACAGAAUAAAAGUGAUGCUUUCAAUUUCCCGAAGUCAUUGUGAACCACCGCUCUUUGGCGGCAUGAAAAAAUCCUUUGAAUUCUCCUUGGUCUUACUUCAUUCAUACCACUAGAUGCCUACACAGUUUAGAAAGCUGUGCGCAGUUGAGCGAGCCAAUUGUACAUGAGCUUCAACAAUUGCCUUACAACCCAGUUUUUUCAACUUAAAUUCAUGCCUGUUCAAUGGAAUUAACUGCCUUUUCAAACACAUAUCCACCGGCCUCCUCGAGUUACCUUCAACUCUCCAUAGGGACAGAGAGAAAAUACUGAUUCAGUUUGCUUUUCGUUUGUUUUUGUUUUUUUGAAAAUAUUUUGUGAAUGUACUUUUAACUACAUUUGCCAAAGACUUAGUUUGAUAUUUAAUAUUUUAUUUACAGUAUAUGUAUGCAUAAGUAAAACAGUAUUAUCUUCUGAAUAAGUAGUCAACACUGAACAUGUAUGUCGUGACUCUUCAACAGGCGAACAACAUGAUGCAUAUGACUGUAAUGACAACGGUGAAAUUCAGUGACUCAAUAUUCCAACAGUUGCAACAAAAUGCUGCUUUGUAGAAUGAUUUGUGAAUAAUGUGAAGACAAUUCUUCUCUGUAAAUAAUAUCACACACACACACACACACACACACACACACACACACACACACACACACCAUUGCAGUAUCAUACUAAUGUACUGGCUCCCUUUGUAGAUAUACAGACUGAAAAAAACAUGCAUUACAUUUGUGUCUUAAUGUAAUGUUGCGCUCAGAUGAAACGCGCAACUACUAUUUAACCUGUGGCUACGUCAGUAGCAGGUUUCAGAUUCUAACAUCACUUAGACUGUCUUUGUCAUUUUAUUUUAUUUUCAUGAUGUUGUCAUGAUGAUGUUUUAUGUCACUAUGCAAUGAGUUAAAUGGCUUUCUGUAUCAUCUUUUGUCGUUGGGCUCUGAACAAGUACUCCCUGUGAAAAACAGCAUAAACGUUAAGAGGUACAAACGACCUUCAGUGUGAAAUGGUUCCUCUCUAAUUUCACAAAUUCCCUUGAAUCACGAUGUGAUCAAACUAAAGUCCUUGGCAACAAUCAAAGAUAUUGUCCUGUUUGCUGUUAGUAGAUGUUGUGAUCAUUAUGUUAAUUCAAAUAACAGUCAUCUGUGCUCCCAUGUAUAGAAAAACAUCCACGCUUAUUCCCUAGUCACCCAUUGUUCCUCCCUCCCCCCACUCUACUCUUUUUCUCAAACGCCAAUACAACACAUCUCUGUAGCUCAAGGCGUCCGAGAUGAAGUUUACUUUAAUUCUACACAGGCAAACACAUCCUCUGGUACCAGGCUUAACUGUCAUUGCGGAGGGAACCAGAGAAACAGAGAAAGAGACUGUGGCCCUGCUCCUCAGGAGAAGCUAUCCUCUACAAAUUGCACACGGGAUUUGCCUAUUUCUGUCUACAUGUAGCUCGACACAUCUGAAGAUGAAACACUGGCACAGAGUGCACGCCACGUCAUUCAGGCUAAGUCAUUGCUUUAGGAAGCGGAGCACCUCUGAGGGGAUGGGUCUUCUGCUGUAGUAAAGAUGAUACAGGAGAUGUGUCAUGGACAUAAAAAGGAUUUCUGAUGAAAAUCUAUACAGAAAGCCUUGUGGCCUCAAUCAUUGUUCUGUUUCAGUUCUGUUCCAAUUCUUUUUGUGCACAUGAGAAAUAAAUUCUUUUAUAUGUCA